CACCCUUUCUCGCGAGACUGAGACCAGGAAGACGCCUGCAGAGCCCCGCUGCUGGUGCAGCAGUGGCUGAGGUAGCGGGUGCUACUGCAUCCGGACCUUCUGCCUCCGAGCCUACUCUGGUCUCCGGGUGGGGAGGUGGGACGUGGCCAGGCCAGGAUUGUGGAGGUGCGCAGCGCCCGCUGAGGCUUAGGGGGAAUCCAGGCUGCGGCCUGUCAAAGCCAGUUAGGGAGGCGCCCACAGUCCUGACAGGAUAAGAUGGCGGCAAUGGCGCCUGGAGGUAGUGGCAGUGGUGGCGGCGGUGUGAAUCCAUUCCUCAGCGAUUCGGACGAGGACGACGACGAGGUAGCGGCGACCGAGGAGCGGCGGGCAGGACUUCGGCUGGGUUCCGGGAGCGGCCUAGAUCCCGGCUCUGCGGACUCGCUAUCGCCCCAAGAUCCCGUGGCCUUAGGGAGCAGUGCGCGGCCAGGGCUCCCUGGGGAGGUGUCGGCGGCUGCGGUGGCAUUGGGGGGCUGUGGGGAGACCCCUGCCCGACUGUCAAUUGAUGCGAUCGCGGCUCAGCUGUUGCGCGAUCAGUACUUGCUGACCGCCCUGGAGCUGCACACCGAGCUGUUAGAGAGCGGCCGCGAACUGCCUCGGCUGCGCGACUACUUCUCCAAUCCAGGCAACUUCGAAAGGCAGAGUGGGACCCCGCCGGGGAUGGGGGCGCCGGGGAUCCCUGGAGCAGCCGGCGUUGGAGGCGGAGGAGGUCGGGAACCGAGUACUACGUCUGGCGGGGGACAGCUCAAUCGAGCUGGAAGCAUCAGUACUCUUGAUUCUUUAGACUUUGCAAGAUACUCAGAUGAUGGUAACAGGGAAACAGAUGAGAGAGUGGCAGUCCUGGAGUUUGAACUACGGAAAGCCAAGGAGACCAUUCAGGCCCUCCGAGCCAACCUGACAAAGGCUGCAGAACACGAAGUUCCUUUACAGGAACGAAAAAAUUACAAAUCCAGUCCUGAAAUUCAGGAACCGAUCAAACCUCUUGAAAAGAGAGCUCUAAACUUCUUAGUCAAUGAAUUUUUAUUGAAGAAUAACUACAAGCUUACAUCAAUAACCUUUUCAGAUGAAAAUGAUGAUCAGGAUUUUGAACUCUGGGAUGAUGUAGGAUUAAACAUUCCAAAACCUCCAGACUUAUUGCAACUCUACCGAGAUUUUGGAAAUCAUCAAGUCACUGGUAAAGAUCUUGUGGAUGUGGCCAGUGGUGUAGAAGAAGAUGAAUUAGAGGCUCUUACACCAGUUUUAGGCAGCCUUCCUACAAGCCUUGAAACUCCUCAGACUGUAGAGAACUCCUUGCUAGUACAGAAAUUAGAAGAUAAAAUUAGUUUAUUAAAUAGUGAGAAAUGGUCUUUGAUGGAGCAAAUCAGAAGACUUGAAAGUGAAAUGGAUUUCCUCAAAAAUGAACACUUUGCUAUCCCAGUAGUAUGUGACUCUGUUCAGCCUUCUUUGGAUCAUAAAGACUCUGAAGACAGUGGACAGAAUCCAGUUAUAAGUAGCUCAGACAAGCAAAAAGACAAAGAUAUCCAUCUUUCAAAGUCAGGUGAAGUUGAUUCCGCUAUUCCUAAGGAGAAUUUCCCAAAUUCUGUCCCCAGGAGAGAAAAAGAAGAAAUGCCAUCUUCAUCUCCAUCAAGUAAAAACACAGUCCAUUUUGAUAAACCUAAUAGGAAAUUGUCUCCUGCUUUCCACCAAGCUCUACUCUCUUUUUGUCGAAUGUCAGCAGAUAGUCGUUUAGGAUCAGAGGUGUCUCGGAUUGCAGACAGUGAGAAGAGUGUUAUGUUAAUGCUGGGGCGCUGCCUGCCACACAUUGUUCCUAAUGUGCUGUUGGCAAAGAGAGAGGAGUUGAUCCCCCUCAUAUUGUGCACGGCAUGCCUGCAUCCUGAGCCUAAAGAAAGAGACCAGCUUCUCCACAUACUUUUCAAUUUGAUCAAGAGGCCAGAUGAUGAGCAAAGGCAGAUGAUCCUGACGGGUUGUGUGGCGUUUGCACGUCAUGUUGGACCGACACGCGUAGAGGCUGAACUUUUACCACAGUGUUGGGAACAGAUUAACCACAAAUACCCAGAAAGACGACUGCUCGUGGCAGAAUCCUGUGGAGCAUUGGCACCUUACCUUCCUAAAGAAAUACGUAGCUCCUUGGUUCUCUCAAUGUUGCAACAAAUGUUAAUGGAAGAUAAGGCAGAUUUAGUAAGAGAAGCUGUGAUCAAAAGCCUCGGUAUCAUUAUGGGAUACAUUGAUGAUCCAGACAAAUAUCAACAGGGUUUUGAAUUGUUGCUGUCAGCUUUGGGUGAUCCCUCAGAAAGAGUAGUUAGUGCAACACAUCAAGUAUUUUUACCGGCUUAUGCUGCCUGGACUACAGAACUUGGAAAUUUACAGUCUCAUCUUAUACCUACAUUGCUGAACAAGAUAGAAAAACUUCUCAGGGAAGGAGAGCACGGGCUGGAUGAACAUAAGCUCCACAUGUAUCUUUCUGCUUUGCAGUCCUUGAUCCCAUCUCUCUUUGCAUUAGUGCUACAGAAUGCACCUUUCUCCAGCAAAGCCAAGCUUCAUGGUGAAGUGCCACAGAUAGAAGUGACUAGGUUCCCUCGGCCUAUGUCGCCUCUUCAAGAUGUAUCUACAAUAAUCGGAAGUCGUGAGCAAUUGGCAGUGCUACUACAACUUUAUGAUUACCAGCUGGAACACGAGGGGACAACAGGCUGGGAGACUUUACUAUGGGUUGUCAAUCAGUUGUUGCCACAACUUAUAGAAAUAGUUGGCAAAAUUAAUGUUACUUCAACUGCCUGUGUCCAUGAAUUCUCCAGAUUUUUCUGGCGCCUUUGCCGGACAUUUGGCAAAAUUUUUACAAACACUAAGGUAAAACCUCAGUUCCAGGAGAUUUUAAGACUGUCUGAAGAAAACAUUGAUUCCUCGGCAGGAAAUGGGGUCCUCACUAAAGCUACUGUCCCCAUUUAUGCAACAGGAGUCCUUACAUGUUAUAUUCAGGAAGAAGACCGAAAACUGUUAGUUGGAUUCUUAGAAGAUGUAAUGACCCUGCUUUCAUUAUCUCAUGCUCCUCUUGAUAGCCUGAAGGCUUCUUUUGUGGAACUGGGUGCAAAUCCAGCCUACCAUGAGUUACUGUUAACUGUUCUAUGGUAUGGUGUUGUCCAUACGUCAGCACUUGUGAGAUGUACUGCUGCUAGAAUGUUCGAGCUGACUCUUCGAGGCAUGAGUGAAGCGUUAGUUGACAAGCGGGUUGCUCCGGCCCUUGUUACCUUGUCCAGUGAUCCUGAAUUCUCUGUCAGAAUUGCCACAAUUCCGGCCUUUGGCACUAUUAUGGAAACCGUUAUUCAGAGAGAGUUGCUGGAAAGGGUGAAAAUGCAGUUGGCUUCUUUUCUGGAAGAUCCUCAGUACCAAGACCAGUAUUCUUUGCAUACAGAGAUCAUAAAAACAUUUGGUAGAGUUGGGCCUAAUGCAGAACCGAGGUUCCGAGAUGAGUUUGUUAUACCACACUUGCAUAAGUUAGCCUUGGUGAACAAUUUACAAAUUGUGGAUUCUAAAAGACUGGAUAUUGCUACUCAUCUUUUUGAAGCCUACAGUGCACUUUCAUGUUGUUUCAUUUCAGAGGAUUUAAUGGUUAAUCACUUUUUACCUGGCCUCAGAUGUUUACGGACUGACAUGGAACAUCUUUCUCCAGAGCAUGAGGUCAUUUUAAGUUCCAUGAUAAAAGAGUGUGAACAAAAAGUAGAGAACAAGACCGUCCAAGAGCCUCAAGGCUCAAUGUCAAUUGCUGCAAGCUUAGUGAGUGAAGAUACAAAGACCAAGUUUUUGAACAAAAUGGGCCAGUUGACAACAUCAGGUGCCAUGUUGGCCAAUGUGUUUCAGAGAAAGAAGUAAAAGCAGGAAGGAAGCCCCAGUAGACACUAAGAUGGACUCAAGCAGACUGGUUCCUUGUACUUGAAGUACUUGCCUUUUUUAUUUCCUUGUUUUAUGUUCUUGCAUUAUAAUUUUAUCCUAACCUCCAAAGAUAUUUGCACUGCUUUUGAUUAUUGCUGUAUAUCUGUUAAUUUUGGAGUUAUAACUGUGGUGAUUAGAAAAUUGGGUUUAUAGUCUGUACCAAGUUUCUCUUCUAUGUUCUUGUCUUUUGGAAUAAUUUUUUUUUUACAUAUAUAUAUACAUAUAUAUAUAUAGUGAAGAGUUGUUUUUUUUUAAUUUUUGGAUGGGAUAUUAGCAAAUCUGUAUUAUACACUAAGCUAUUACAAUGGUACUUAAAAUAAUGUAAAUUUGAAGUCAUUGUUAUAAAGUAAUAAAAGUGGAGAUUACUUAAGUAUUUAAAUUAUGAAAGAAUAAUGCAGACUUUUUAUUGUUUCUUAACUGACUAGAAAGAGCCACCAGCAUUACUCUGUGCCUUUUGGACUUCAGUUUUUGUGUCUGUAGGAAUUGUGUGCAUUCCAUUCACACAGUAUUUUAUAAUGCUGUGAUGAAUUUGAGUUACAGAUCCUACAGAAAGUAGAUUAUAAUGAAACCUUCCACAUUUCAGAGCUCUCAUGAAUAUUCUUUAAGUGCUAUUCAAACCUCCCCAGCACUUACAUGCAUAUAAUGGACUUACCUGAGGAAAGACAGCACAUAAACACGGUGGGGGGGGGGGGGCGGGGGUAGUAACCAAGGUGAAUUUUGAAAACUGAUAUGUAGUAGAUUUAAAUACUCAAAAGUAAACGUAGGUAAGAAGAGCUAAUAAUUGUGAAAUUCUUCCCCAAAUUUAAGUACACAGGAAAAUAUGGUUUGAAUUUGAAAUUUAACACUGACUUACAUGAAAUAUUUUAUUUAAAAUAUUUUCUAAUGAUUUUGAUUUCAGAGAUUAUCUUUUCAUUCUGUUUGUUACAGAGAAGUACCGAAAAGUUAAGGACAUUUGGGGGCUGCUUUUUUCCCUCUAAACUCAAACUGACAUUAGCUAAAUUACUGUUGGUUAGUUAACACCUUGUCCCUUACAGUCAGUGACUAUUCUUGUGUUUGAUAUAUAUUACAUAGAGUCUUAAGUCAGUGUACAGCUCCACUGGAAUUGGACAGUUGUCUCUGCAGUAAUGCAACUUGAAGUAGAAAGAGUGGGACUGGACAUAGAAGGGGAUGAUUGGUUUGAGGGGGUAAUGUGAGGCCUUUUUGAAAAAUGAAUAUUUUGGUAAAGAGAAUUCUUGUUUGAGCACAGUUGAUACAUAUAGGCGAUUCUCGUGUUUGUUGUAUAAACUGUUUUAAUACACUUGGAACAUAGUUGGAUUACAUUCACUUCUGGAAAAGAUAGCUUACCACACAGUCAAGCUUAUAAAAUGAGUUGCCAUAAACAAAGCCAUUUAAAAAGUUCAUUCUGAAAUUAUUUCUUUUACCUGUAGUGACACAAUUGUUAAAAUUAGUCUUUCAGAAACUGUUGGAUUCUAGGCAUUCCUGAGAAAUUGAAAGUGGCUACCUUUCAUGUCAAAAUUGUUGAUCUAUUAUAAAUAAAAUGUUUUUGCAUAUUU